GAUCGGGACACCUGAGCAGUAGCGCCACACCUUGCGCGGACUUCCAUCAACAUAGGUACAUUAAGACAACAUUGCUACAGUAGAUACUGCCUUUCACACGAAUUCUAGCCCUCAUCUUCUUCAGAAACGCUGCACGUACUAGCCGAACCUGGACAUCGCCAUAUCAUUGUCGUCGAAUGAGACAGGUGUCUUCUCUAUUGAGAAUCAUGUCGGCGCGGUUUUCAGUUCAACCCAUAGGCCGCUUUGCUGGUGCAAGUCAGCCUGUCAAAAGACCAAAGGUGCAAUCCGAUACAGCGAGCCAUUCUAUAACUAUCCGUCUGGCUUAUACUGAACCUUUCACAGGAGUUUGCCUGCUUUUCAUACGACGACAACCAUGAGUUUCACCUAGACGACUCAUCUCUCAAGUACUAUUACACACCACAGCUUGGGGCUGACCUCUCCAAAGGCUUUGAUACAUUUCAGAAGCUGGACGAUACCGGAGAUGAUCACCUCGACAGUCUCCUCAAGACUAUCGCUGCACACGAGCAAGAAACAGGCAAGAAGAUCGAUGCUAACGUUGUCACAUGGAGAGGUAUGAUGACAAAGAUUAUGGCAGCACCUUUUGACCAGAUGGACGGCUUUGAGAUGAAUGCCACUUUGUAUCAAGGUUGCAUCUUCAUCGAAGAGAACAACGCCUACAAGAUUGCUUCCAGAUCCAAUGAGGGAAACAACAAACGAAGAAGAGGGCCACCAUUAGAAGUAAUGCAGUUCUGGGGAUACAAGUUUGAAACGUUGUCGACUCUGCCAGCGCCUUGGGCAGAAACGUCCCGCGACUUUAUCGAGAAUCGAGAGAACGAAGUCGUUAACAAUAAAGCUCAAUAUUGCUCUGUUGUCCGCACGGGUAUCGGUAAAUCUGUUCUUUGUCUUGGUGGCGAAGUUGAUGCCAUCUGGGAUUCCAAACCUGAAGAAAAGGGCAGCCCCAUCAACUGGGUUGAGCUCAAGACAUCAGCCGAGAUUCGCAAUGCGGGCGGUAUGGAGAACUUCAAACGAAAGCUCAUGAAGUACUGGAUACAAUCAUUCCUUCUUGGUGUGCCGCGCAUUGUUGUCGGUUUUCGCACGCAGGACGGCAUUCUGGUCGAGGCAAGGGAGAUGGAAACGCAUCGUAUUCCCGAUAUGGUCAAUGCCGACCCAAAUCCCAAAUGGAACGCCGAUAUGUGUGUCAACUUUGCCGCCACUUUCUUAGAGUGGCUAACAGAAAACAUAAACGAUGAGGGCGUUUGGAGAAUAAGACGCGAGCCUCAAUCACCGACAAUCGAGCUAUUCAAGGUGGAGGAGACAGGUCACGGCGAUAUCUUGUCUGAUGAGUUCAAGAAUUGGAGAAUCAAGUUGGCUCUUGGGCCCAGCGAUGCUUCCUGAUAAAUGUUGAGCUGGCGUGUGCACGAUACAGUCAUUGAGGAAACGCCGUCAUUGUCACUUAGAUUAUUGGAUACAGUUCUUGGCUGCACUAUACUCAGAUUCUUACUGUACUCAAUUAACAAGUCUGGGCUGUGCCUGUAUCUAAUUGUCUACCUGCCGAUAUCGAAACAGCUGCAAUGCAAUGAAAAAUUAAAACAAGAG